GAUUUUAAAUAUAUAUUUUAUUCCAUGCGAUUUCGAUUCUGGUCUCAACUUUUUAUCUUCUCUUUAAAAAAAAAAAAUUUGCCAAAAGAACUUUAACACGUGUUGUAUGAGGAGUGAGGAGAUGUGGUUAACAUUCCUUGAUGAGUGGUCAAUCACUUAUCAUCUUCACCAUCACGAAAAUCUCUCCACUUCAGUUUUGCUAACUCAUAUUUCCUUGUCUUUUUCUUUGACUUAAAUUAUUCAAUUUAAUUUUUUUUUUUUUUUAUUUGCUUCCCGUCAUUUGUAUACACUUCUGUUUUUAUUUUUUUAUUUUUUAUUUAUUUUUUAAAAGCAAGAUGCUUUGAAAUGUACAAGCUUUUUAUGAUGUCAUCUUUUUUAUGGGUUUUGUUCUUAAGUUUAGAAGAGAAAAAAGCUAAGUAAUGGCUAAGGCAGUGAGGCUAAAAGGGGUGGAUGAAGAGUUACAGAAGAUUUUGGAUGCUAAUAUGGAUGAAGCACCAGCUAGAAGGAGAGCCUGGGAAGCCUUCAAGAAUAUUCAGCUUGGAAUUGAUCAUAUUUUGUUCAAGACACCUACAGAUGGACUGAAGAUGCAGGAGGUAAAAGCACUAGACUUGCACUUCUCUUCUUCUCUACCUCUUUGGUAUUUGUCAUAUGAGGUCAAUUCUAGGGGACUGCAAAUUUUCUCAAAAAGGUGGCUUCCAGAUACCUCCUGCCCCAAGGCAAUGGUGUUUGUUUGUCAUGGUUAUGGAGACACUUGCACAUUUUUUAUUGAAGCAGGAAUUGCAAGGAAAUUGGCAUCAUGGGGAUAUGGAGUUUUUGCAAUGGAUUACCCGGGAUUUGGUCUGUCAGAAGGUCUUCAUUGUUAUAUUCCCAGCUUUGACACGCUUGUGGAUGAUGUGAUUGAGCAAUACUCCAAAGUCAAAGAGAAUCCUGAUUUUCAGACUCUUCCUAGCUUCCUCUUUGGGGAGUCCAUGGGUGGAGCUGUAGCUCUGAAGAUGCACCUAAAACAACCUAAUGCUUGGAGUGGUGCCUGUCUUGUUGCUCCUAUGUGCAAAAUUGGAGAUGACUUGGUUCCACCCUGGAUAGUAAAGCAAAUUCUGAUUGGUGUGGCUAAUAUUCUUCCGAAGCAGAAGUUAGUUCCACAAAAGGAUUUGGCAGAGGCAGCAUUUUCAGACAUUAAGAAGAGAGAACUGACAGCCUAUAAUGUUAUUGCUUACAAGGACAAGCCACGCUUGCGGACUGCUCUGGAGUUGUUGAGAACCACUGACGAGAUAGAACAAAAUUUGGAGAAGGUUUCACUUCCAAUAUUAAUCUUGCAUGGGGAGAAUGAUGUUGUGACAGACCCAUCUGUCAGCAAAGCCUUGUAUGAGAAAGCGAGCAGCUCGGACAAGCAGAUUAUUAUUUAUAAGGAUGCAGGUCAUUCUCUUCUUGAAGGUGAACCAGAUGAUAUGAUUCUUAGAGUUUUUAGUGAUAUAAUUUCUUGGCUUGAUGAACAUAGCAAUAAUACUUCAUGCUAACCACAUUUCUGUGUUUCAUUUCCUACUUUUUUCUUGUACCAAAGAAUUCAACAAAUAGAAUAAAGAUAUGAGAUUUUUGUUAAUGAGGAAUAAGGAUCCAUUGCUGUAGUUCUGUAGAUUGGAAUAUUUGUCCAAAAUUCAGGAAAUUAAAUUGAUUUAAGAGAUACUUUCUUGUUUACAAACCUGAUUUACAUAUUUUAUUUGAAGCUGUCACGAUUUAAAUUCUGAUCACUUAAACUAAGAGUUUCACACAAAUAUCUUUUGCCAAAAUGAAAGAACUUCCUCUCUAUAAGUUUCAUGGGAUUAGUUCUUUAGGCUUGUCUUCUUUAGAAUUUGUCAAUAAAUUUCAUAUUAAGCUUGAAACUAUUAGUUAUAUAUAAAUGGCUACAAUAAUUUGGUUGAAUCACACAAUUUUCAUACAACUUUAAUUUUACAUCUCAUAUCCGGUUAUCUUAACAAUUGUUGAAUUGUUAUAUACUGCAUCAUAGGGGUAAAAAA